AUGGCUCUUGAAGCUCUUAAUUCUCCGAGAUUAUUAGCUUCGACUCCUUUUGACGAUUCCUCCGCAGGUUUCCAUGGCAAAGGCAAGCGAUCCAAACGCUCCAGAUCUGACCAUCACCACAACAACAGUCUCACUGAGGAAGAGUAUCUCGCUUUCUGUCUCAUGCUUCUCGCUCGUGACGGCGAUCGGGCUGAGAGACCGAUCUACAAGUGUAGCGUAUGUGACAAGGCGUUUCAGUCUUACCAAGCUCUCGGUGGACACAAGGCGAGUCACCGGAAAAGCUUUAAUCAAACUCUAUACUCCGGCGGCGGAGAUGAUGGUAAGCCGACCACCACCGUGAAAUCGCACGUCUGCUCGAUCUGUCUGAAAUCGUUCGGAACGGGACAAGCUCUUGGCGGACACAAGCGGUGUCACUACGAAGGAAGCGUUUCCAAUUCGGAAGGUGUGGGGUCUACUAGCCACGUCAGCGGCCACCGUGGAUUCGACCUGAACGUAACUCCGAUACAGGAGUUAUCUCCGGUCAACGCCGACGACCAAGUGAUGAGUCCCAUGCCGGUGAAGAAGCCUCCCUUUAGGAUGAUAAAAAGAUGA